AUAAUAUAGUAUCUUAGUAUACUCUUAAGCUAUGGUAAAAGUUAGGAUCUUUUCUGUGGCAAUAGCCUCAAUUUCUAACCUCAAAUUGCUUGAUAGUCGUAUUGUUUUGAUUUGAAUAUUUACCAUAGAAACAGAAUAAAACUUUACCUCUACCAUGACUACGCCUCCAGCGGCAUUAGUUAACAGGAAUAAGAAACAUUUUUUAGGGAUUCCGGCCCCACUUGGAUAUGUAGCUGGAGUUGGAAGAGGCGCUACUGGUUUUACCACCCGAUCUGACAUUGGUCCUGCAAGAGAUGCAAAUGAUGUUUCGGAUGAUAGACAUGCUCCUCCAGCGGCGAAGAGGACUAAGAAGCAAGAGGAGGAGGAGAAGGAGGAAGAAGAAGAUUUAAAUGACUCCAAUUAUGAUGAGUUCAGUGGUUAUGGAGGGUCCCUAUUUUCUAAAGACCCAUAUGAUAAAGAUGAUGCAGAAGCUGAUGCUAUCUAUGAAGCCAUUGAUAAAAGAAUGGAUGAGAAGAGAAAAGAGUACAGGGAGAAACGCUUAAGGGAGGAAUUAGAAAGGUACCGACAGGAACGGCCUAAAAUACAACAACAAUUCUCUGAUCUAAAAAGAGAGUUAGUAAAGGUUAGUGACGAUGAGUGGCGUAAUGUCCCAGAGGUGGGAGAUGCUAGGAAUAAAAAACAAAGAAAUCCAAGGGCCGAAAAGUUUACUCCUCUACCAGAUAGUGUUUUAGCAAGAAAUUUGGGUGGCGAGUCUAGUAACGCUAUUGAUCCCAAUUCAGGUCUAGCUAGUAUGGUACCAGGAGUAACAACACCUGGAAUGUUAACACCAACUGGAGAUAUGGAUUUAAGAAAAAUUGGACAAGCCAGAAAUACUUUAAUGAAUGUCAAACUAUCCCAGGUAUCAGAUUCUGUAACUGGGCAAACUGUUGUCGAUCCUAAGGGAUAUCUAACUGAUUUACAAUCUAUGAUACCCACAUAUGGAGGUGAUAUAAAUGAUAUAAAGAAAGCCCGUCUUUUACUAAAGUCUGUUAGAGAAACAAAUCCCAAUCAUCCUCCAGCAUGGAUUGCAAGUGCACGUCUGGAAGAGGUUACAGGAAAAGUUCAAGCUGCGAGAAAUUUGAUUAUGAAAGGUUGUGAAGUGAAUCCUCAGAGUGAAGAUUUAUGGUUAGAAGCAGCUCGAUUAAAUCCCUCUGAUACUUCAAAGGCCGUUAUAGCACAAGCAGCUAGACACAUACCAACAUCAGUUAGAAUUUGGAUUAAAGCUGCCGAUUUAGAGGACGAGACUAAAGCUAAAAGGCGUGUAUUUCGCAAAGCUUUGGAACAUAUUCCCAACUCAGUAAGAUUAUGGAAAGCGGCAGUCGAGUUAGAGAACCCUGAAGAUGCCCGAAUAUUACUUUCUAGAGCCGUUGAAUGUUGUCCAACAGCAGUGGAACUUUGGCUAGCUCUUGCACGUUUAGAGACCUACGAAAAUGCUAGAAAAGUAUUAAACAAAGCCAGAGAAAAUAUUCCAACAGAUAAACAGAUUUGGACUACGGCUGCUAAAUUAGAAGAAGCAAAUGGCAAUCACCAUAUGGUAGAGAAGAUUAUUGAGAGAGCCAUUUCAUCAUUAAGUUCUAAUGGCGUGGAAAUAAAUCGUGAACAGUGGCUUAAGGAAGGGAUUGAAAGUGAGAAGGGAGGUCAUAUACAUUGCUGUCGAGCUAUAACCAAAGUAAUAAUCGGCUAUGGAGUUGAACCUGAAGACCAAAAACAUACCUGGAUGGAAGACGCAGAGAAUUGUACAAAUCAAGGAGCGUACGAGUGCGCGCGUGCUGUUUACAACAUAGCUCUUGCUACAUUUCCUGGUAAAAAAUCAAUUUGGUUACGAGCUGCGUAUCUGGAAAAAAAUCACGGAACGAGAGAAAGCUUGGAGUCAUUGUUGCAAAGGGCUGUAGCACAUUGUCCUAAGAGUGAAGUAUUGUGGUUGAUGGGUGCAAAAAGCAAAUGGCUGGCAGGUGACGUUCCGGCAGCUCGAGGCAUAUUAUCUCUUGCUUUUCAAGCUAAUCCUAAUAGUGAAGAGAUUUGGUUAGCUGCUGUUAAAUUGGAAUCAGAAAAUAAGGAAUAUGAAAGAGCUAGAAGGCUCCUAGCUAAAGCCAGAGGUUCUGCUCCCACUCCACGAGUAAUGAUGAAAAGUGCCAAGCUAGAAUGGUCUUUAAACGAUUUAGAUGCAGCUCUCACUUUAUUAGAUGAAGCCAUUAAAGUUUUUCCUGAUUACUCUAAGCUUUGGAUGAUGUACGGUCAAAUUUAUGAACAAAGAAAUGAUCUCAACAAAGCAUUUGAUGCAUAUAACUCUGGUAUUAAGAAGUCUCCCGAUUCCAUACCUUUGUGGAUACUUUUAUCGCGACUAGAAGAAAAGAAAGGCUUGCUGACAAAAGCUAGAUCAGUUUUAGAGAAAGCUAGACUGAAAAAUCCGAAAAACGAUCAGUUGUGGUUAGAAGCUAUCAGGGUGGAAUUAAGAGCUGGAAUGAAAGAAAUUGCAAAUUCAAUGAUGGCAAAGGCAUUACAGGAAUGUCCAAAUUCUGGAAUAUUGUGGGCAGAGAGUAUAUUUUUGGAGCCUAGACCGCAAAGAAAAACUAAAUCAGUUGAUGCCUUGAAAAAAUGCGAACACGAUCCUAACGUGUUGUUAGCAGUGAGUCGAUUAUUUUGGUCUGAAAGGAAGGCAAAUAAAUGCAGAGAAUGGUUUCAAAGGGUUCUUAAAAUUGAUCCAGAUUUAGGAGAUGCCUGGGCAAAUUGGUUACGCUUUGAACAAUUACAUGGUACUAAAGAAAAGAGGGAGGAAAUUAUACAAAGAUGUUUAGCAGCUGAACCACAUCAUGGAGAACUAUGGUGUUCAGUAUCAAAGAAUAUUAAAAACGUUGGUUGGAAUACAGAGCAGAUAUUGAUUGCAGUAGCUAAAGAAGUACCAAUCCCAAUUUAAUUUCAAUAAAACAAUGGACUAUAAAAAAAUGACUUUAUAUAUUCUUAUUUUUACUAUAGGAUAACUUAAGAAAUUAUACUAUUUUGUUAGAAAAGUUGAGCUUAUGUAAUAAAGCAGUUAAAUGUUA